AUGCGGCCGGUACUUUUCAAUACGGUUCCGAGGCGUCCGCUGGGGCUCUUCUCAAAUCAGUCUCUUCCGGCUAUGAAAUGCGAAAUCAUAGAAAAAUAUCUGGAACCUAAUCUAGACGAAGUUGUUGAUUUAUUUUUUCAAUACGCCAACAUAUGCUUUCCAAUAUUUGACGAAGGCUCGUUUAGAAAUGUCUACGGAAUGCAUAGAGAGAAAAUCUCACCAGCGCUUCUUUGUAACUUAUACGCCAACUCAUUAAUCUACUGGGAGAACUCAUCUGAGCUAUCCUCCAGCCGCUUGCCGGAUGUUCGCUAUAUUUGGAACCAAGCCAACGAAGCCCUUCACUCGGAGCUCUUUCUAUCCCCUGGUAUAUCCACGGUUAUGGCCAUUAUAUUAAAUGUAUGUGGUAGGCCAAGUACAUCAAUAUUUGGUAACGGAGGAAUGGUGGGAACUGCAGUUGCUCUUUCCAAUGCUCUAGGUUUGAAUCGAGAUCCGUCGAAUUGGAAUAUUUCUCCGCUGGAGAAGAGAUUUCGGAUACGAAUCUGGUGGUUGGUCGUUGUGAAUGACCGUUGGUGUAGCUUAGCGUACGGCACACCUCUACAGAUUCACCGCGCACAGUACGACGUUCCAUUUCCCACAGUUGACGAUCUUCAGUCAAACUGCACUUCUCAGUCUCAUAUAGCUGCCGCUGAGGUAUUUGUUGCUUUCACGUCGCUGACGGAGGUGAUGAGCGAGUAUCUGGAACACGUGUAUAAAAUAUCCGUACAUGUACCAUACCCUCCUGAGAGAUCUGCAAUAGAACUCGAAGGUCUUCUUACCGACUGGGAAGAAUCCUUGACCGGGAAUAUUCGCAGAAUGGUUCUUCAUGGGACAGAUUUUGACGCCCCAGGAGCAGCCAACUUUCGACUAGCCUAUUUAGCUGUGAAAUUAUUAUUACGGCGUCUUCAACUCGACGUCGACAAGAACAAUUUGGGUAUUAUUGACGACAUCGACUCGCAUUAUUAUAAACAGGCCCAGAGAGCAGCUGAGGAGAUUGUACAUCUAGUACAAGAAAUGGGCGAAUCUCAUCUUCGAGGAUUUUGGCUCCCUGUCAAUUCUUUUUCUUUGACAUCCGCCACUACUUUCCUACUUCGAAGCGGACUUCGGAAAGGAGGAUUAAAUAAUUAUAUGUUUCUCGACAUUGCAAAGGACAUGAUAGACAGGCUCCGGUCACAUAGUGAAAGCUUCCGCUGGGAUCUUGCAGAUAACUGCCUAGCAAGUUGCAGCGACUUAGUUGACAAGAUUUCAUCGAAUUCUACACAGGAUGUUUUCUUCGAUUCUACGGUCUCCAAUUUCUUUCAAGAGCAUCUUGAUUUCAACCAAUCAUUUCUUAACGAUUUUAUGGCUGAUUUUCCGGAAAUUACCCCCACAGUUAGAUUAUGA